AUGGCCGACUAUAGAACCACCCGGGUCUAUCGAGAGCGCCGCGACAGUGAGUCUGACGACGAGCGAUUCAAGGCCACCACCGUAACCCGUUACAAAGUCAACCAGCCGCGCGUGGAGCGAUACGACCGCACCGAGAAGUUCAUCGAGAUGGACGACGAGCGACGCUCGCGCUACUCGGGCCCUGCCAACGACUUUGUCGACUAUGAGCGCCGGGACCGCGCCUACGUCCCGGACCGGCCUCGCUCGGCCCUCGACGUCGAGGCCGACCGCAGCCGCACCGUCUUUUACGAGCGCGACGUCGAGCGCGACCGCGACUGGGAGCGGCGGCCUCGCCACCACGACGAGGACCUCCGCGUCGAGAAGAGGGUCGAGGAGCGCUUCGACGACGCCCACGGCCACGAGGUCGAGCGCUAUCGCAAGGAGACCGAGUACUACCACGAGCCCGAGCGCAGCUCUGCCCCCGUCGUCGUGCGCCAGCGCGCCCCGGACCAGAAGAUCAUCGUCCAGGAGGCGCCGCCCCAGCAGAUUGUCAUCCCGCGCCAGGAGCCCAACAUCAUCGUCCUGAGGGAGCGCGAGGGCGAGCGCGACGUCGCCCGCGUCCCCUACGACGAGGAGUACUACUACCGCCAUGAGCGGCGCGAGGUCGGCGCCCACAAGGGCGACCGCCGCAUAGGCCGCCGCCGCGACGAGUACCACAGCGACGACGACGACUACUACUACCGUCGCACCGUCCGCCGCGAGCGCAGCCAGAGCUCCGACCACCACAAGCGCCACAUCGCCGAGGGCGCCCUUGCCGGCGCCGGCAUCACCGCGCUGCUCUCGAGCCGCCCCAACGAGUACGGCGAGAUCCCCGAGGGCCGCGGCAAAAAGGUCCUCGCCGGCGCAGCCCUGGGAGCCAUCGGCACCGAGGCCAUCCGGCGAGCCCACAGCGCCUACGAGGACCGCUACGGCGACGGCGAGGAGUCCCCCGACCGCCACUCUGCCCUGAAGAAGGGCCUGGGGAUCGCCGCCGUCGCUCUCGCCGCCGCCGGUGCCGUCAAGUAUCACCAGGCCAGCAAGGCCGAGAAGGAGGAGAGGCGUCGUGGCCGGAGCCGCGGCCGAGAGUACUACUCGUCCGAUGAAGACUACUCGUCCUCGCGCUCGCGCUCACGCCGACCCAGCCGCAAGCGUAGCCUCUCAACCCUGGCCAAGGCCGCCGUCGGGACGGCCGCGGCUGCCGGCCUCGUCAAGCACUUCCGCGACAAGUCCAAGUCGCGAUCCAAGUCGCGGUCACGGCACAGGAGCCGGUCCCGCAGCAAGUCGGUGCUUCGACGCGGCGCCGAGAUCGCUGCGGGCGCCGCCGCCGCUGGGAUAGCAGGCAAGGUGUGGAAGGACCAUCACGACAAGAAGAAGGAGAGAGACGCGUCGACGUCUCGGGGAUACAGCGACGAUGAUCGCGACUAUGACCGGCGUAGCUCCGUCAGCAGGAGCAGGAGUAGGAGCAGGUCGAGAGCCCGAUCCCUUUAUUCCGAGGCCGCGGCUGAUCCUGGGCUAGGCUUGAUUGAGUACGGGCAUGACCCCCUACCACCCGAUCCGCGCUCUCCCACCGGCCAAGGCUACGAGUCUGAGGCCGAGGAGAGGCGCCGAAACCGACAGAGAAGACGGAGAGACCCAUCAUCAUCCUCGGAGUCCGACGACGACGACAGGAAGCGGAGCAGGAGCAGGUUGCGCGACUUGGCUGCCGCGGGUGCUGCGGCAGCGGGAAUCAAGGAGUACAAGGACCGCAAGGACAGGGAGAGGAGGGAGGAGGAGAGGAGGGAGGAGGAGAGGCGUGAGGAGAGGCGGGAGGAGAGACGAGAAGAACGGAGGGAGGAGAAGAGAGACGAAAGGAGAGAAGAGAAGAGAGACGAGAGAAGGGAGGAGAGAAGAGAGCGACGAGAGGAGGAAAGGCGCUCGAAGGAGCGCGAUGAGCAAGGACGACCAGGCUAUGGCGAGGUUCCGCCCAACGGUGGCUUCUUCGACCAAGGCAGACCGCACUCGCCCCCCACUGCUUCCGGCGGUGCCUACUAUCCCCCUUACCCCAUGACUCCGGGCUCGACCACGCCCGCAGGCGGACCUCCUCCCGCCGGUGCACCCCCGACCAGCAUGCCGCCUCCCGUUGGCGCUCCGCCGCGGGAGCACACCUACACGCCGUAUACUGACCCCAGCGUGCCGCCGCCUCGUGAAUACCAACCCUACGUACCUCAAGAUUAUCACGGGUAUGUGCCUCCGCCGCCCCCUGCUGGUCCUCCGCCGCCCGUCAACUCCUCGGGAGGGCCGGGCUACGCACCUCCCCCGGCCGGUCCGCCGCCUUCGGGCCUGGUCCCUCCGCCGGGGCCUCCACCCCCUGGGCCAGCGGUGGGCGGCAGCAGCAGCAACCCGCAUGAUCAACUACCGCCGCCGGGCAUCGACGAUCCGCCCCCCGGGUUUCCCAUUCGCACCAGGAGAAAGUCUGUGUCUUUCAGGCCGCUUUCUCCGACGAGCGAGAUGACGAUGAUCCGGCACAAGAAGGAGCACGACGUCAAGCACUCCGAGUCGGAAGCUUCCGGGUCCGAGGAUGAGUGGAGCGACAGGUAUCGCGACAACCAGUUCAAGCGGUCGAGCGGCCAUCGUCGGCAGUCUUCCGACACGACGCAUGACCGCUCGCCGAACCGCGAUGGGGAGGGCAGGCGGCGCAGGCGCAGGCACUACGAUGACUCGGACGAUGAUGUGGAGGUUUUGCCGGACAGGUUCGACUCGCACGGGCGGCCGUUGGACGGGAGUAGUGGUGGUGGCAGCAGGAGGAGCCGCUUCGUGACGAGGAGCGGGGAGUUUCAUCGGCCGGCGCAGCGGCCGGGCGACAUGGAGGUGCAUGGCGGGUGGCAGCUGGGAGGGACGGACCCGGAGCAGAUUGAGAGGCUGGUGAGGACGGUGACGGGGGUGCUGGAGGGGCGGAAGAGCUGGGUGAGUGUCAUUGGGGAGGUGCUUGGCGGUGAUGUGCUGCCGCAGCUGGCUGGGCCGUUGGCUGGGCCUCUGGCGGGGGUGAUGCAGGCUGUGGAAGGGAGGAGGAGGGACGAUGAUGUUGAUGAUGAUGAUGGGUUGAGGAGGAGGAGGAGGAUCAGGAGGUGA